AUGGAACUUAAAAAAUUGAUGGAACAUAUUUCUAUUAUCCCCGAUUACAGACAAACCUGGAAAGUGGAACAUAAAUUAUCGGAUAUUCUACUGUUGACUAUUUGUGCCGUUAUUUCUGGUGCAGAAGGUUGGGAAGAUAUAGAGGAUUUUGGGGAAACACAUCUCGAUUUUUUGAAGCAAUAUGGUGAUUUUGAAAAUGGUAUUCCUGUUCACGAU